CCCGGUUUGGGUACGAUUCUGCCUUCCGUAUCCUCUCGAAUGGUGGGGUCCGGCCGAGACGGUCACCGUACGCAUGCGCAGAGGCGCAGCAUGGGGGCGGGAGCCCCCCAAGACCCUUCCGCGAGGCAGUGAAGAUCGGUGCUGGGACAAACUCAGGGUCUAAGGAUGAACACGGUGUGUGUGACCAUGGCUCAGAUCUUAAGAUCCCAUCUGAUCAGUGCUACGCUGAUUCCCAAUCGAGUGAAGGUACUUUCCCAUGUUGGUGCCCUUCAAACUAGAGCCAUGUCAAUUCAUGCAUCCAAGAAGAAGCUUCAAGAAUACUACAGGCUGCUGAAUCUGGAGGAGGGCUGUUCUGCAGAGGACGUCCGAGAAUCUUUCCGGCAACUGGCCAGACAGUACCACCCAGAUGGAGGGGCUAGCACCGCUGACCCGGCAGCAUUCAUCCGGAUUGAAGAAGCUUACCGGAAGGUGCUUUCUCACCUAGCGGGACAAUCAAAGGCCAGGCAGAAUAAGGCUGAAGAUGCAGAAGAGGAAGACAGUGUCAAAUAUAAAACCCCCCAGCACCGGCACUACUUAAGUUUCGAAGGGGUUGGAUUUGGCACGCCAAGCCAGCGAGAGAAGCAGUAUAGGCAGUUUCGAGCGGACCGUGCCACGGAACAAGUGAUGGAAUAUCAAAAGCAGAAACUCCACAGAAAGUACUUUGCUGACAGCUUAACUGUCCAAGACGUAAGGCAGAGUAAAGAACAGAAGAUAACUCAAGCAAUGGAGCGGCUAGUGGAGGAUCUCAUCCAGGAGUCGAUGGCAAAAGGGGACUUUGACAAUCUCAGUGGCAAAGGAAAACCUCUAAAAAAAUUCUCUGGCUGUUCGUAUAUUGACCCCAUGACUCACAACCUGAACAGAAUACUGAUUGACAACGGGUACCAACCGGAAUGGAUCUUAAUGCAAAAGGAGAUAAAGGACACGAUCGAUCAACUCAGAGGGGCCAUUCUAAUGUCAAGGAAAAAACUUGGAAAUCCGAUGACACCGGUGGAACAGAAACAGUGGAACCAAGUGUGUGAGCAGUUUCAUGAAGAUAUCAGAAAGCUCAACAAGCGAGUCAGUGAUUACAAUUUGAUUGUUCCUCUCCUGACCAGGCAGAAAGUCCAUUUCAAUGCACAGAAAGAAAUUCUCAGAGCCCAGGAAAGACAUGAGACCCUGAUGAAAGCAGAAGGAGUCACAGAGAAAAGCCCACGGGACACAAGUCAGGGAGAAGGGGAGAAAACCACCAGAGUCAAGACAGGUUUGUUAAGCUGGGUGAAUGUGUGGAGAUUUAUCAAAACAUGAGCAUGUCAACAUCAUUCUUACAGCGCCACCACACAAGACUCUGAGAACUACGUGUCUCUGUACUUUUCACAAAGCCAGUCACAGCCCCAGUGUGUGAGAGGACUGUAAGAAACACAACUGUCCCACCAGCAUUGCUCUGACAGUAAUAACAACUAAGAACUCCUAAGAACUCCUAAGAACUCCUAAGAAAACAAUUUGAUCCGUGUUUGAGUUUCAGAUGUCAAGUGUCAUCAGGUGAAGUGAGUUAAGACAAGGACUCAAAUGGGAAUCAUACGGAGUAAUCCAAAAGGCUUAGUGCAGUUUUAAGCUCUAGUAACUUAAACACCCUUACUGUUUGUAAUCGUCAAACCUAGGUACUUUAAGUGUCAACUAUAAAAACUAAAACUGUAUUUUUCAAAAGUCACAAACUACAGAAGUGGGAAAUAUAGGCAAGAAAGUAAACUGGUAAA